AUGCCCUCGCUGAACGUGCUGUACAACCCUCGACUGUACGCUGCCCCGCUACCCGAGUUCACCCUUCGUGCGUCGCGCGAGUUCUUUAAAACCAAGAGAGAGGCGUCCAUUUCAUUCAGUGAGGCACUUGCUAAGACCCCGGAUCUCGUGCAAAAGGUCAAUCAACUGUUGUUGGAGCUCGAACCCAUGUUGUAUUCGAAUCACUCCGUCAACGAGGAGCUCAGCUACGACGACCUGGAUCUGUUCGGUCGCCUGCGUGCUCUCACGCUCGUCAAGGGCAUCGAAUGGCCCACCAAGGUGCGAGAGUUCAUGAACUUCAUCUCGGAAACCGGCGAUGUACCCAUGCUUGACGCUGUUGUCAAGAUCUAA